AUGACUCUUUCCGACGCUAUUUACAAUACCAUCAUCAGGCCAGACAACGAGGAAGCCGCUGUUCCUACCAAGGCUCCUACCUUGAAAGGCACUGUCGUCGACAGAUUCCUUCUUAACGGCAAGGUUACUGUUAUUACAGGUGCUGCUGGUGCCAUUGGUGGAGCCAUCGCUGAAGGUUUUGCCCAGGCUGGCUCUCAUGUGGCCAUCAUGGACUACAAACACGACCCAAGCCUUGAUACUCGUUUGAGAGACACUUAUGGCAUCAAAGCCAAGUCGUACCAGGUCGACGUGACCAACUACGAGGCCGUGGACGAGGUGGUGAAGCAGAUUGUGGAGGAUUUCGGCACCAUCGAUACGUUCAUUGCCAAUGCUGGUGUUGCCUGGCAAACUGGCUCUAUCUUGAACGACGAGUCUACGCUUGACCUGUGGAAGCGUGUGUUCGACGUCAACGUCCAUGGCGUCUUCAACUGUGCCAAGACCGUGGGCAGGGUUUUCAAGGAAAAGGGUAACGGUUCGUUUAUCAUGACUGCGUCGAUGUCUGGCCACAUUGUCAAUGUUCCAAACUACCAAACCGGCUACAACGCAUCCAAGGCUGCUGUGGUCCAUAUGGGUAAAUCUUUGGCCGUGGAGUUUGCUGGUUUCGCUCGUGUUAACACUGUUUCGCCAGGCUACACGGAUACGCCAAUGUCUUCGUUUGUUCCUACUAAGCAGAGAGCUAAGUGGUGGGGCUUGACGCCUGAGGGCAGAGAAGCCUUGCCUGAGGAGUUGGUCGGUGCUUACUUGUACUUGGCCAGUGACUUGUCGACAUUCACUACUGGUGCUGAUAUUAGGGUCGACGGUGGCUACACCUCCGUGUAA